AUGGUCAACAUCAAAGGAAAAAUCGAAACCGUCAAGGGCGAGUUCGUGACGGACUCCAGUCUAAACCGGGCUCGAGACUUUGUUGUUCAAGGGGCUCCCAAACUCCCAUCUGCUGCGGGUGUCUACCUUCUCGAAAAGGUUCCUAUCGUCCAGUGGCUGCCGAGAUACCAACCAAAAUGGCUCAUCACGGAUUUCAUCGCCGGCCUGACGGUGGGUGUCAUGCUCAUCCCGCAGUCCCUGGCAUACGCCAAGAUCGCAACUAUUCCCAUCGCCAACGGUCUCUACUCAAGUUGGCUGCCAGCCGCGUUCGCCGUGGUCAUGGGCACUUCGAAAGAUCUUUCGACGGGUCCAACCUCCAUUCUGGGUCUCUUAACAGCCGAAAUCGUACACGACCUGAGCGAAGAGGGUUUUGACAUCACCAAGAUUGCCACAUCCGUCUCCCUUUUCGUUGGAAUCUACUCUCUAGUCAUCGGUCUCUUCGGUCUCGGCUUCCUUCUCGACUACGUCUCCUUCCCCGUCCUCACAGGCUUCAUCUCAGCCGCAGCUCUCGUCAUUCUGUUCGGUCAAGUCGGAUCUUUGGUUGGUCUGUCCAACGUGCCAUCUGGGGUCUUCAACGUCAUUGGCAACGUGCUCAGGCGUCUUCCCGACUGGGAUGGUCCAACGUGUGGCGUCGGGCUGGGAACUCUCAUCAUCCUCAUCUCUCUCGAGAAGGUCGGCAAGAAAUGGGGCAAGAGACACUUCGCCAUCAAGCUCGUCGCCAAUUCCCGAGCAGUGAUCGUUCUCGUUCUAUUCACCCUGAUCAGCUACCUCGUCAACCGCGGUCGCGAUAAGGCCGACUACGCGUGGAAGGUCAGCCAAGUCAGUACGCACGGCAUCACGAAGCCUUCCGUUCCCGAGACAAACCUCCUCUCCAAAGUCGCGACGAGAGCUGUUGCCCCUCUUGUUGCCAGUACGCUCGAGCAUUUGGCUGUGGGUAAGGCUUUUGGAAGGAAGAACAACUACCAGAUCGACCAAAGCCAGGAAUUCAACUACCUCGGAGUAGUCAACAUUGUCAACGGUUUCUUCAGCACAAUGCCCGUCGGCGGUGCUAUGUCUCGUACAGCCGUUGCAUCUGAGUGUGGUGUCAAGAGUCCCCUCAAUGGCUUGUUCACCGCCGGCUUUAUCCUCCUGACACUUUACGUCCUUUCACCAGCACUGUACUGGCUCCCUUCCACGACUCUUUCCGCCAUUAUUAUCAUGGCAGUUAUUCAUCUUUUCGGCCCCUUGUCUCUGUUUUACCGCUUCUGGCGCAUCUCCUUCGCCGACUUUGUCGCCUCCAUGGUCUCAUUUUGGGUCACCAUCUUCGUCAGUGCCGAGAUCGGAAUCGGCGCCGCCGUCGCCUGGUCGAUCGCGUGGACGAUGCUGCGCUCGACAUUCGUCAAGCCCAAGAUCCAUUCCAGCUCGGCCGAGAUCACAAACUCUGUCCCUCAACCCAUCACCCGGAUCGUCGGCAGCAACAACGACCGCAACGAAGGCACCGAGAACCGUACCGAAAAUGCCGGUAUCUCCAUCCCCGGCGACACCAUCGUCGUCGACUUCAACGACGCCGUCUUCUUCCCCAACGCCGAGCGGGCCAAGAUCGCGACCCUGGAGGCCAUAAAGCUGGUGUACCCCCGCGUCGAGAGCAGUCUCAGCCAGGACGACCGCGAGAGGCACUGGAGCGUCGCGGCAGAGAAGCGGCUCGAGCGGUUGCGCGCGCAGCGGCAGCUUCGGCUCAAGGAGACGCCGCUUGCCGUUGUCGUUUGGGACUUCACCAUGGUGCCGUUCAUUGAUACUUCUGGUAUUCUGACGCUGAAGGAGCUCAAGGACGAGAUUCGGAUGCAUUCUGGCAAGACGGUACAGAUUCGCAUGAUUGGUAUGUCGGACAAGGUGCGGAACAGGUUCUUGAGGGCCAAGUGGAAGCUGGUGGACUUGGAAGAGUGGCGGGAGGAGGAUGCCGACUUGGUCUACCCAUCCAUGGAGACGGCUAUUUGGGACCGCGAUGGCGACUCGGGUGCGGAUGCAUCGAGUGAGAAGAAAGGCUUGGCUUGA